UUUUUAGCUGUCUUGAACCUUCCAUCUCUCGUGUUUCCUCAUAUUUUUCUCUCCGUGCAUUCACAAUCGUUGAUUUAAGAAAUAGACCAUCUUUCCAUUUCUAAAGGAAAUGGAGAGGAUCCUUACUCUUUUGACGACCUUUUUAACUGAUGAAAAGGCUAUCCAAAUUCUGUGAAUCAUUAUUCUGCAGAAAAAGGAAGAAGAAACAAUAUCUAUUCUAUCCAAAAGAGAAAGAAAAAGAAAAAGAAAAAGAAAAAAGUAGAAAGGCAAGUUUUGGUUCAAUAAGAACACAUCCUGUUAUAUUGGUACAUGAAGAAAUCUGAAAAAUGGUUGGGAGUUCAGAGAUUUCAGAAGAAUCAAGUGAUUGGGAAGUAAUUCAACAUCCAUUUGAUCAUCGGGCGUCUUCGCCUCCACCACAAGGGCAGCUACUGGGAUACGAAAUAGUAAUAAGAGAUAACUAUUACGAUGAUAAUUCUUCUAUCUUCCCACCAAGUGAGCAUGAGGACUUGCCCCUUGUAGGAGAACAAGACUCUGAUUCGCUGCAGUCACCGUUGCCAUCUGCAGGCUCUAACACAGGUGCACUGGAGGAGGAGAAGAUGAAACCUGAUUCGAGACUUUCUAUCAUGAUGAAUGAGAUUGGAACCAGAAUGUUCACAUUUGGAACAAGGCUGUUUCAGGUUUUUCUUUGCAGUAAUAGCACUAGGUGUUUCUCCAUAUUCCCUGCUGCAGCGUUAAUGGUGGCAUUAUUUGCUAUUGUAAAGAUUCUGCAGUGGCGGAACCGCUUUUUGCUUCUCGUAAGAGAGAAAGAUCAGAGAAUCAGCCAGCUCUUGCAUCAGAUAGCUCACAUGAACGAGAUCUUGUCAGCACGACGCAAGGUUCCAGUCUUGCGAAUAAAUUAGAACAAUGUCAGCAUUCAAACAUACUAGAUCAGCUACUAUUUGUUUAAGAGGCAUUUGUUAUCUGUCUGUACAAUGUACAAUGCUGCAGAAUGCAAGCGAAACCUCUCUGGAUUUGAGCCUUCUAUUGUCCAGAAUUCAGGGAAAUACAUAAGUAGAAUAUUGUAGAAUACUUCUCCACAUCCAGCUUCAGUAUAUACAUUAAUACAUAUAUAUACACAUUUGUAUGAAA